AUGAUUGUAAAUAAUCAAAAUAAAGCUUCUAAUGACUUGGGUUUUUAUGUUAAGCUUGAAAACUUAAGAUCAGUUUAUCAAUGGGUUGUACAACUUAAAAAUUUUGAUCCAAGUAUUCCAUUAGCUCAAGAUAUGGCAGCACAUAAUGUUACCAGUAUUGAUCUAGAAGUUAGAUUUUCUCCUGAUUUCCCCGCUUUACCACCAUAUAUUCGUGUAAUAAGACCAAGAUUACUAAGAUUUCUUAAUGGUGGAGGUGGUCAUGUUACAGCAGGAGGAUCUAUUUGUAUAGAGAUUUUAACAUUGGGCAAUAGGAAUGAUAAAGGGUGGUCGUCCGAGUUCACUAUAGAAUCAGUUUUAUUACAAGUUAAAUUGGCAUUAAGUGAUUUAAGUCCACCUGCAAGACUUGACAAGAAUUGGAAAAUUGAAUACAGUCCAAGAGAAGCUAUGGAUGCAUAUAUUAGGGUAGCAAGACAACAUGGUUGGGCUAUUCCACCUCAAUGGUCAACUUUAUUUAGACAUUAA